CUGCGAUUUCAAGAGAGAUUUGUUUCUGCAUCUGUAAUUUUGAUUCCUUUUGACCAUCUCUCUGUUGUGUUUGGCAACACACGUAUAUCAAUCCAAAUCGACGACCAUUUACUCUUCUCUGAUGCAUAUGUUUUGGAUUCAGUGAGAAAUAGAAAUUGAUUUUGGUUUCUUAAUCAUGGUGGAGCCUUAUGAGACACGUAACAACGGUGAAGCUUCCCAGAUGGUCAGAUAUCAGAGUUAUAACCAUCACAAUUCCAGAUUACCAUCACCAUUAUCAUCGCCAUUACUUGAUUUGAGAGUGUUCUAUGUCAGAAUCAGCAAUUUCAAGGUGGAUCAUUCGACACCUGAGGUCCUGACCAUUACUCAUAUUCCUUUGGAUCCAGAUUCACUUCUGGAGAUAAAUGGUGUUAGAAUGAGCAUGUACUCUGAAGGAGUUUCUUCUCAGCUAAGGCGAGAUCGUGUUGAUAAGAAAUCCGAAGUAGCUACUUUUAUCAGCACAGACAAUAUCAGGUUGUCUGGUAGUGUGAAGUUUGAGGUUUAUGACAAAGAUGAGCUGGUUUUGUCUGGAACGCUUGAGAUGUCUGGUAGUAAUGGUUUCACUGGUGAAUCUAAGCAUAGCGUGAAGCGGUGGAACAUGAAUUGUGAAGCUGAGAUCACUGCAGGGUCUGGUUUCUUGAAGGAGAAACAUAUUGGUGGUUCGGAGUUAUCAUCUCCAUUGCCAACUAUUGAAGUCUAUGUCACUGGCUGCUUUUCAGGAACUCCCAUCAUCUUAACCAAGACUCUACAGCUUGGUUUCAGAAAGAAGCACGGUAGAGUGACUGCAUUAGAUUCGAUUCCAGAGUAUGAAUCUGAUGAGCCUCAUAAAGGAAACUCAUCUGAGCUUGAUUAUCAGGUAACAGAAUAUGGAAGUUAUAAACAAGAAUAUGAAGGAGAACACAGCGACAUGUAUUGGAAUAGAGAGUACGCAGAUGGUGAAGAUGGUGAGAUGUCAUGUGCGUACCUAUCAAUCAACCACCAGAAACUUCAGAAGGAGGAUUAUCUAGUUUCAUCUAAAUUGCCUCAAGCUUCUUCUACUCUCUCUCUCCCUCUAACUCCAAUCCGUUGCACAUCACUUUUGACUGCAGAACUCUAAGCUAUAUAGUCUAAGCUAAUACUGCUGUGUAGUAUAAUUUUUCUUUAUGUAUCUUUUUUUCUCUUUGUGCCUUCAAAUUUUGAAAGAAAUCAUUCUCCCUUCUUCUUGUGUUUGUUGAGAUUCAGAUUGAAAGAAACAAAGCUUGUUGCUGGUAAUGCGGAUCCUAUCGUCUGCUUCCUGUAAAUAAAAUGCUUAUAAAGUG